AUGGAUGCCCCCAAUUGCAUUUUCGAAGUGGAUGACCUGCUGCAAGAAUGGACCUGGAACGAGCCUUUCGACUAUAUUUUCAUUCGUCACCUGAUCGGAUCUUUUGACAAGGAGGGAUGGGAGACUUUGUAUAGGCAAUGCUACGAAAACCUUGAGCCCGGCGGCUGGAUCGAGCAACUGGAAUUCGACAUCCGUGUGCACAGUGACGACAAGUCCCUCCCACCAGACAGCGAGCUCGCCUCGUGGGGCGAGAAUUUUAUCGGCUGCGGUGAUCGUGCCCAGCGCUCCCUGGCUGUCCAGGAAACAACGCGAGCCAGUAUCGAGAAGGCUGGCUUCGUCGACGUCCACGAGGUUCCGAUGGGAGCGUGGCCCCGAGACAAGGUUCUCAAGGAGAUCGGUCAGCUCAACCACCACCAUUGGGCGACAGAUAUGAAGGGCUGUUCAAUGUGGCUCCCGACUAAGUUUGUCUGCCGACGCCCUGGGUUCCUAGGAGGUAAGGUGUAUAUGACCAAGGUCCGGAAUGAGCUGAAGAACCAUCACUACCACAUCUAUGAAUUUGGGAAAGUUUCAUGUCCUCCGCAGAAUAAUUACAUUGUUAAUUGGAGUACAGCCGACGUGAAGCCGCGGGAAGACGAGGUCAAGCGAUGA